GCGACGGCGACCCUCCCCCACCCUAGAUCCGCGGCGCCGCUCGCCUCACCACAGCCCCCUGCCUCCCACACCGCUCCUGUAGCCACCAUACGCCCUCUCGCGACGUUGUUUCCCUCCGGAUCCCAUGGAUCACCUGGAUCCCGACAUCCCACGACCGUCCGUUGCCGCGCGUAUCACGCGGCCGCCGCCGCCGUUGAGCGAGACUCACCUCUCCCUCAGAGGAGAUCCGCUGCUUUGGUCUCACAGGGAGGUGGCGCUGGAGGAUUUGCCGGAUUUGCGCUCGCGGUGGUGGGAUCCGCGGGCGAAUCGGAUCUGGGGGGCGGUCCAGUGAUCGGAGAGGUGCUUGAAGGAAUUGCGUCGGGCGAGGCAGAACGCAGAAGUCCAGCUCGAUCUCCGCGCAGAGUGGCUACGAGAUGUCCAGAUCUGGCAGCGCAGGCUCGAGUUCGAGUUUGGGCUCAUGGCAGAAAUCAUCUUCACCGAAUCCACGUCGGAGGAGUGGGCGCGCAUGCCUACGCCAUGGCGCCCGCAGCCUCUGCAAUUGAUCAAGUGGGCAUUGGCCGAAGCACGCUCUGGAAAUCCACUGCAAAAGCAACGAUGGGGCUGUAUGCUGAACAAGGUAACUUGUCCGCCAUCCCCACCCUCAAAUCGGUAACAAGUUUUGGGAAUGAGAGAUCAGAGGCACAAUGUUGCACGAGCAAAGCAACUGUAGAUAUGCAGAUGGGACAGUGGCCCGUGAUUGAUUUGGAAUCAGUGCUGGAAAAUCUGGAAUUUUGUGAAGGAUGGCCACAUCUGGCGCUUGAAAUUGUGUUUGUGCACUCGAACCGGACCAGUGAACACACAAAUCUAAUGCUUGGUUUGGCCUCUGCAUAUCAUCUGGGUCACGCUUGCUGCCAUGGCCUCAUCCCCCGAUCUGGUGGAGGAAAAUUGAAUCAGGCGAGAGUAGAGGUUGCUGUCACAAUACAGAUUACAACUCCAGCGAGAUUUGAGAAUUCCAGCUGUGGGAAGAGACAAUUAUCAGAAGCUGGUGUUGAGAAUCAUCGUAGCUGCCACCGAAGAGGAACUCCGAGUUCAGUUGCAUGGGAGGAACAUGUAUGCGGAGGAGAUGAUUGCCUGGGCGCGUUCACUGCUGCAAUCAAUACACCUAUUUUAGAGAGCGCGUUAGAAGGCCUUAUGGGAAAUCCAGCAUUGGGCUCCGUAGCAAUGAGAUGCUUGCCUCCUGCACCUCAGGGAUCUAGCUCAUGCGCGACACUGCAGUUGAUCAUGGGCGACAUCGGUGGUGUCAGUUUCUUUCAGAGUUGCAAGGGUGCUAGAGUUCGAGCGUAGAAAAAUCAGUUAACAGCGAGGCAGUCCAGGUGGACGAUGAGGUCACGACGCACUUCGCCCAACUUUGGAGCCCAUCGAAGCGAUGUGCGGAUAAAGCUAGGGUUAGGAGGCUACUUCAAGACCUCCCCUCCACACAACACCCCACUAGCCCCUCCCUCACCGCCGCCACCACUGUAGAUUCAAUAGCCGUGGAUUCCAACCGUGGGAGAGGCCGAGGAAAGAACAUGCAGGGGCAGGGAGAUGGUGACCAACAAAACUAGAAGCAGCAGUGGACAGAUCAACCCCUGCAGAUGGCACAAGCGCUGCCCCCCUUUGCUUUUGGGUUUGAGUUCCCGGGACAGCCACCACCCUCGGCAUUCAACAACCAGUUCCAUGGGGGAUACCCCCCGCUACCGCAACAGUGGCAAGGGAUGUCACCCUCGUGGUUUCCCCAGCAGAUGGUGCAACCCCCUCCAGAGCAACAGGGUGGAGAUCAAGGGGUUUCUUUGAGCAACACUGGUCAAGGUUCUAGUAGAUCUGGGAUCUCUGUGCCAGGGAAUCAGAAAAAUCAGAGCAAGCAACAAAGGAAGAAGCAAGAUAGCAAAGUGGUAGUUAACAACAAUGCCACCUCUCUCAUGUCUUAUGUGAAUGUGAUUUGUGGUGGUUGUGGAGAGUCAGGUCAUGACAAAGAGAAGUGCUCCAAGACCACAACAUGUUUCAUCUGCAAGAUGGCUACACAUCAGGAACACAACUGUCCAGUUAGGAAGAAACCUAAUCUAGCUACCACGUACUUUGGGAGUGCAGCUCCUCGAUUAGGCUUCUACCAUGUGGAUAUGUCAGACGUUAACCUACAACACUCUGGGAGACUUAAGAAUGGAGGGAUUGUUUUGGUAGAAUUUGGGGAGAUCAGCAAAAAGGACCUAUCAACUAAAUUCUCAGAGAUAUACAAAACUAACUGGCCAUGGCAGAUUAAUGCUCUGGAUGAUUGGACCAUAUUAGUGAAGUUCCGCCCUGAAAUUCCUGUAGAAUCAGUUGCCAGUUACCCUUGCUUUGACCUUCACAAGGGCAAUGUUGAGGCUUGGAAAGGGAAUAUUGACGACUCUACGUCAAAACAGUUGGUCUGGAUAAAAAUUAGGAAGAUAAACCCAAGAUGGUGUGAAUGGUCUAUUCUUGACCAAAUUACUUCUGUCUUUGGCACCAUAGUGGAUGCGGAUUGGAAAUUCAACUUCAAAAUCUUCUAUGAGGUUGUGGGAGUUAAGUUGUCCUGUAAAGAUGGUAGCAAGAUCCCCAAGGAAAGAAUCUAUGGAAUAAAUGGAGAGUUCUACAAAAUGCUUAUUGCGGUGGAACAAAUCACAAAGCAAAGGGCUGAAACUGGGACUGAUAACAAUGAUACAAUUAGCCAAGGAGGGCAGGACACACAAUCUGAGACUGAGACCUCACCGAGGACUGAAGACAAUAGGUCAAACAAAAGCACUAGGUCUGAUCUGGGGAGAGGGGGUGGUUCGGACCCUACUUUGGAAAAACAGGCAGUGCUUGCCUUUUUGCAGCAAAUGCCAGAAGUCUGCCCAUAUGAAGGGGUGGAACAUCCAUCACUACUCAAUAUUCAGAUCUCUCCAUCCAUCCAGGCCUCAAGGAGAUCCAAGAUUGAUAAGAUAGUGGCAGAAUAUAUGUCUGAUGACCAAUGCUACUCUAUCCUUAGUGAAAUGGAGAUGGCUGACUUGCAUCAAGAGAUGGAGGAGGUUGGUGACACCCAGGAGCAAGAUGUUGUAGCAUCAGUAGAGCCUCUAAGUGACACUUAUGAGGCUGACUUUCCUCUACUAUCCAAGACAGUUGCUAACAAGCAACAGAAAUAGAAGUGGAGGCCAGUUCAAGCUACCAGGCACAACUCAAGGGUGGAACCCUUUGGCAAAACUAUGGUGGAGAAAUCACAAGAAUUCAAGCAAGUGAAAUAUUUGGAAAGUGCAAAAAUUGGUUAUUGGCAAGAUUCAUAGGCUGGUCAAGAUUUGGGCGAUCUUGUCGACAAAUCAAGGGAAGAAAAGUCUGGAGGACUUUGCAACCUUCCUGGAGGUGAAAAUGAGGACUCCAUUGGCCAUCAGAAGUGGCUGAGCUAGGACAAACUGAAGAUCACGAAUGCAGAACAAGUGAACCAUGACUCCCCCUACUCCUUGCAAGAUGGUUGCAGGAAGUGUGGUGGUCAGCCCGGCCUCGGUGCUGGACCCCAAGUGAUCUCCGCAGCCUUCAACAGCUAUGCCGAUGAAGUUCAGGAGGGAUUUCUGUGAGCUCGACAUGUUUGGCCCCUGAAGCUAUCCAGCUCCCCCUUAGCCCCAGUUUUGUUAAGGAUGAAAAAGAUCUAUAAUAAACUAUAAUUCCCUUAGUUUCUCCUCCUCUUAGUUGCUGCUUGAUAGCUCUAUGAGCAUCUAGUUGGAAAAAUUGCAGUUUAUUUUUGCA